GCGGACAGAUCCAGCUGUGGCAGUUCCUCCUCGAGCUCCUCUCGGACAGCACAAAUUCUUCCUGCAUCACCUGGGAAGGGACAAACGGAGAGUUCAAGAUGACAGACCCAGAUGAAGUGGCCCGACGCUGGGGAGAGAGGAAGAGCAAACCCAAUAUGAAUUACGACAAGCUGAGCCGUGCUCUGCGUUACUACUACGACAAGAACAUCAUGACCAAGGUCCACGGCAAACGCUAUGCCUAUAAGUUUGAUUUCCAGGGCAUUGCUCAAGCCCACCAGCCUCACCCACCUGAGUCCCAAAUCUACAAGUACACAACAGACCUACCAUACAUGCCAACCUACCACACACACCAGCAGAAGAUGAACUUUGUGCCAACUCACCCUUCACCCAUCCCCGUAUCGUCAGCGAGUUAUUUUGGUGCAACAAAUGCCUACUGGAGCUCAGCCCCUUCAACCAUGUACGCCAGCCCCAGUGUUCCCCGUCAUCCAGGCUCCCAUGUCCCAUCUCACCUUGGCUCCUACUACUGACUGCAUUAACCUGCACUGGGGGCCAAGGAUGCCAUGGACUCUCUCUCUCUCCCUAAGAGGUUUGUACCUGGCCCCAACCACCCACACCUCCCCCACCCCCCCCCCUCCCCACCACCUCAACCACCAUCACCCCCUCUCCCACCUCCAACCACCACCCCCUUCCCGCUACCCAACCACCCACCCACCCCUCAGGAAGCAGAGAAACCCCUUCCUCAGAACAACGUGCGAGCUGAGAAACUGCUCGCAUACCAGGCCAAGGUGGAGGAGACUGAAGCUACGAUGUAACCUGCUGGAUCUCGUGGUGAUUUUGACAUUUUUUUGUUAUAUUUUCUAUCGCUUUGAGCUGGUCGUUCAUCAAACGUUCCUCUGCAAGUCCAGCAGAUCCAGACAAGACUGUAAAUAGGGAGGGAAAGGUAGGACUGGCGCUCGGACUCCCAAUUACUGUUGGCUUCUUACCUCUGCAGAGACUGCAUCAGAAACAGAAACUGCUGCCUAUUGUUUUUACAUGUGUUAUGCAUUGUAGCACAGAACCCACAAACAAUUCUAUAUAUAAUUGUUUUUAUUGUAUAGUUCCAUUCGUCGUUAAUUAAUAUUAAAUGGGAUUAAUGUCAUUUCACCUACAAUUCCACUUGCUCUUCAAAUCCAAGGCAGCCAAUGGGGUGAAAGGAUAACUUGUAUCAAUUAUCAAUGGUUUGUUCACCUGCCCCAAACAUCCACCCGCUUCUACCCCCCACCCCCAAAAUUCCCCCAACUACACCUCCCCGCCCUCUUCCUCAUCCCCACAUCAACCACCACCCACCAAAUACACUGCUUCUUCCAAUUGACCUCCCCAACUCCCCCUCUGGUGACAGUCUACAUGACGGAUAGUGUACAUGGGGAUGUGGGAGGGGAUUAAAUGGGUGGGUAGGGUCAGUGAUAGGGAGAGUGUAC